AAGAGGAUGUUGCUCAGUAUAAAAGGCAUGCUUACAGAGUGUUUCUUCGGUAAUCUUCUGAAACUUAGGAGAGGAUGAAGACUCUGGUAUUUUUACUCUUGGUUUUGACGCAGUGGACAAGAGCCGCUCCUGUGAAAGAAGAUGGCGGCUCGUCCUUGACGUAUCGAUGUAACUGCAGAGGGUAUGAUGACGACGACGGUUACGGUUACGGUUACGGUUACGGUUAUCCAGAUGAUGAUUAUGCAGACUAUCCAGGGGACCGGAUGGGAAACGGCAAGCGCCCAAGUGGUUGUAUUAAAGGCAUAGUGAUUAUUCCUAUCCCCGGACCUGGAACUGGAAGGCCCUCCCCAAAACCACCAGGUCAGAUACCACCAGCCCCUAAGCCACCAGGCCCGAGUCCACCGGGCCCGACUAUACCAAUCCCGUGGCCUUCGUUCCCGAGACUACCAGUCCCGUGGCCACAUGCCAUUCCCCCUAUUAUGACGCCACCAAUCAUCACAUGUCCUCCUGGAUGGAUACCACAUCCACCUGGUCACCCUAUUCCAGUUCCACCCCCUGCUUACAUUGUACCACCUAAUUGGUAUCCCCAUCCACAAAGUGUGUAUCCGAUUCCACAUCCGAAUGUUCCGCAACCGCAUCCGCUUCCUCCUCCACCCAGUCGGAGGAGAUGUGUAUGCACUUAUGACUAACGUUGUGGUAGCGGCGGCGUUGUUUGAAUCUGUGGAAACCAAAAUUAUCCUGCUAUUCGGCUUCGAAUCCCUUUCCGUUUCAAGAAAUUCGCACGCCGUCGUUACAAGGGCAAUUGUGGAAACCGCUAAAGUAAUUAAACGAAGAGAGAAAAAUUAUGUGCAUGAAAAUAAAUAAUAUAUUAUCCUGCAUAAAAUAAUGUUGGUCUAAUAAAC